GUUAGUCAGAAGCAGUGCUUUGUGGCAAUGAGUUAUUGCCUGUUUUCUACAACUAUGGGUUAAGGGGUUAUACAGGGAUUUUCUGGCUGUGUAUGGUAAGGUAAUAUUUUUUCUUUAAAACUUUAAACUUAUGCUGCCAGUGACUCUGGAAAAAAUUUGUUUUCCUCUUUUCUCUCUUUUCCAGGUAAUUUUUAUAUUCAGCUUUGCUGUCAGAGGCAAUGGAUGGAGCCAACCACUCUGUGAUGUCUGAGUUUGUGUUCCUAGGACUUUCCAAUUCGUGGGGGAUCCAGCUUCUCCUCUUUUUCUUUUCUUCCAUGUUCUAUGUUGCAAGCCUGAUGGGAAACCUCCUCAUUGUGUUCUCCGUGACCUAUGACCCUCACCUGCACUCCCCCAUGUACUUCCUGCUGGCCAAUCUUUCCUUUCUUGAUCUGGGAAUUUUCUCUAUUGCAGCCCCCAAAAUGAUUUACGAUCUUUUCAGAACUCCCAAAGUGAUCUCCUUUGAGGGCUGUAUAACCCAAAUCUUCUUCAUUCAUGCCAUUGGUGGCACAGAAAUGGUGCUGCUCACAGCUAUGGCCUUUGACAGAUAUGUUGCCAUAUGUAAGCCUCUCCACUAUCUGACCAUCAUGAGCCCACGAAUGUGCAUUUUGAUUUUGAUUACUUCUUGGAUCCUUGGCUUCAUCCACUCAGUGGCCCAGUUGGCUUUUGUUGUAGACUUGCCCUUCUGUGGCCCUAAUGUAUUGGACAGCUUUUACUGUGACCUGCCUCAGCUCAUUAAACUUGCUUGCACAGACACCAAUAGGCUGGAAUUCACAGUCACAGCCAACAGUGGACUCAUCUCUGUGGGUUCCUUCUUUACACUGAUCAUUUCUUAUAUCUUUAUUUUGGUCACUGUUCAGAAACACUCUUCAAGUGGUUUAUCCAAGGCCCUCUCCACUUUGUCAGCUCAUGUCACUGUGGUGGUUUUAUUCUUUGGGCCGUUGAUCUUCUUUUAUACAUGGCCCUUCCGCUCAUCACACUUGGACAAGUUUCUUGCUGUCUUUGACGCAGUUCUCAUUCCUUUUCUGAAUCCAGUCAUCUACACACUCAGGAACAAGGAGAUGAAGGCAGCAAUGAAAAAACUGUGCCAUCAGCUUGUGAGUUACAGGAAGUUGUCCUAAAUACUUUAAAGAUAAAAAAAAAUUGGUCUGCACUCUAUUUGAUGAUGUUGGAAAAAAAUAAUGAAAAUUUUAGAGUUCUAUUAAUUUUGUGUACUAGUUUACUUUUACAUAUUUACCAUGUUGUUGUGUAGUAGUAUAAUAAGUAAGGAUAGAGGGAACUAACAUUGGAAACUUCUAUGUUUCAGACCCUUUUCUCGGGGUUUUAUGUAUAUUAUUUUGUUCAAUAUUCGUAAUAACUUUGUAUCAUGAGUAUUUUAUGUUGAUAAAUAUUUUUCUUAAAUUAGGACAUUCUUUCUGCUUUAUUGCUAAUAUGUAAAAUUUGAAACCAAAGCUGAUAUUCACCUUA